CCGGCGGAAGGCGGAAGGCGGGGCGGGGUGCGGCGUGUGGCCAUGGUGCAGGAGGCGCGGGGGCGACGUGUGGCGGAGCUGCUGCUGUGGGCGGGGGCGGGGGCGGCCGGCGGCGGCAUCCUCUGCCUCUGUUCCCGCGCCUUCGUCGAGGAUCGAAAAUUAUAUAAACUGGGAUUAAAGGGGUUCUAUGUCAAAGAAGACAAUGAUAAUACAGGCGCAUCUGAGGAAGAAAACUGUUGUCGCAAUGUGACAUUAAAGGCGGACACUAAUCAUGCUUUGGAUGAGGAAGAAGUUGAACUAGAUUCAGAGGCUGAGCUUAUGAAGAGUAUGGGAUUGCCUCUUCAGUUCGGUGGACAGUCAGCUCACAGGGACUUUGCGGCAAUAGACAAUUAUAAAAAGAGAAGUAACACAAAGAUCAUGAAAAAGAAAAAGAGAAAGAAAAAUGAGUUACAGCAAAAACACCAGUAUAAUAUGGGGCAGGAAUAUCAUGAAAAAGCUUGUGUUGGUCAUAACCAAUCCAUUUCUGAUGAGCCAGCCCUAGCUGCAGAGCAAAGUGAAGAGAGGAAUAAAAUUCAGGUUAUGAAUGAAGGGAACUGUAAAAGUUCAGAAAGUCUUAUUAAUGAGACCUUCCCCGAUAAGCUUAAAGAAAAAUGGGAGAAGUACUGGAGUGACUAUGGAGAGGGCCUUCUUUGGCAAAGUUGGCUGGAGAAGCAUGAAGAGGUGAGGUCGUCUGAGGCCACAACAAUCUCUGAGCCUUGGAAUAGUCCUGACUCCAGAGAAGAGUGGGAGCAGCAUUAUAAGGAACUGUACUGGUAUUACUGGGAACAGUUUCAGUACUGGACAAGUCAAGGAUGGACUACUGACAGCUCAUACAAUGACGGUGUGGAAGUUAAUGGGGUUCCCCAGGAAACUGGUCCUUCAGGAAAAAUGGACUUUGUUAGCCCAGAUGCUGAAUGUAGUCAAGUGCUGAACUUGGAGCUGUCUCCCCCUAACAUCAGAAGUGAGGAAACACCUACUUCAAGUGCUGAGCCCCAUAGUGAAAUAAUCUCUGGGAUCAGUAACAUAAAUCUGAAUUUGGAGGAAGUGGAGCAGAGCAGAGCAGCUCUAACAGUUACCUAUGAUGAUCCUCAAAAGCAUAGUUCAUCUGACAGUGAAAGCCAGUGUCCUUCUGUUUCAACCCAAAAGGAGCCAUGUGAUGGAGGAACCAGGAAAAGGAGUGCCUCUAAUGAAAAUAAAAGUAUUAACCAGUCAGGUUCACAGGGCUCGUAUCAAUCAAAGUCAAAUGACAAAGAACAGUUGCUGCUUGGUGACAAGAAUGAAGAUGAAGAGGAAGAGCCUCCUGAAAAUAGACGUGCCAAACUCAAGAGAAGCCAUGAGCUGGAUGUGGAUGAGAACCCAAUGGAAGAUCCCGAGGAAACCUGUUCUGUUUUGGGUUUCAAGUGUGGCACAGGACAAAAAUAUGGUGGAAUUCCAGAUUUCACCCACCGAAGUGUGCAGUACCUGGAGAAAAACGCAAAACUUAAGUCCAGAUUUUUGGACAUGCGUAAACCAAGAAAGAGCAAAAACACACACAUCUUCUUUCCAGAAGAACCUGAAACAACAUCUUGUCAAAAAAAUAAAACUUUGAAGAAGGUAGAGGAGUUCCUAAAGCAGGUUAAUAAACCUAUGGAGGAAGUUACAUCCCAGAAAUGCAUUCCUCAGGUUAAAGUAGAAGGAUCCCCUACAAGCAGCGACUCAGAGGAUCAGGAAAGCGUUACUGCAGGAAAUGUGAAAUCGAAUGCUAAAACCCAUCAGCUGCAGUCUUCCAGUGUGGUUACUCGUGAACUUGGAAUGAAUAACCUUGAAGAGGAAGCAAAAGAAACAACAGCAAAUGGCUCUGAUUCUCAGGGUGUGGGAAGGCAGGAAUGUGAUUCUGGAAGACAGUCAGUCUCUCUUGAUAUUCCAGAUUAUCUUCGGGUAGAAACAGAAGAUGUGAGCCAAGUUGUAGGUGAAGCGAAGACUGCAGAGAAGAAGCAGAAAAAAAGGAGAAGGACCAGAUUUGCCCCAGGAAGUGUACCUGCUGAGAUUGCUGCUGAUCCUGAGUUGGCCAAGUACUGGGCACAACGUUACAGACUGUUCUCACGGUUUGAUGAGGGAAUUAAACUAGAUAGAGAGGGUUGGUUUUCUGUUACUCCUGAGAAAAUAGCUGAGCACAUUGCAGUGCGUGUCAGUCAGUCAUUCGACUGUGACAUAAUAGUGGAUGCAUUUUGUGGAGUUGGAGGAAAUGCUAUUCAAUUUGCUUUGACCUCAAAAAGAGUGAUCGCUGUUGAUAUUGAUCCUGAGAAACUCAGUCUUGCACGUCACAAUGCAGAAGUGUAUGGUGUGGCAGAUCAGAUAGAAUUCAUAUGUGGAGACUUCAUGGUGCUGGCUUCUGAUAUAAAAGCAGAUGUUGUGUUUCUCAGUCCUCCAUGGGGAGGGCCUGACUAUGCCACUGCUGAAAUCUUCGAUAUUCAAACUAUGAUUUGCCCUGAUGGAUUUGAAAUUUUCAGGCUCUCCAAGAAGAUCACCAACAACAUUGUGUAUUUCCUGCCUCGGAAUGCUGACAUUGACCAGGUUGCUUCCUUAGCAGGGCCAGGAGGGAAAGUUGAAAUAGAACAAAAUUUUCUCAAUAACAAACUGAAGACAAUAACUGCUUAUUUUGGUGACCUAAUAAGACAUGAUGUCUCCUGAAUUGAAUGUGGAUACUUCUAAAUGUGACCUUCUUGACAUCCUGUUUGUAUAAGCAUUUAUAAAGUUAGCUUGUCAAAAAUGAUUUAAACCUGUUUUCUGCUGUAAUUUUUGUUAAGAAAAAUAUUUUUGUUUAUUGCUACUGUCAAUAAAUUUUUAUAAUUUGACAA